AAGUCAUAUUAUUGAGAGAGUCCAAUUGUAACUUGCAAUAAAGGGCAUCCAAAACCAAAUCAUAUGUUUUAGCAAACCUUUUGCACAUUGGAAUUUGGAAACCAUAAAAAAAAUGCAAUAUAUGCUGCACGCAAACAACAACUAGUACAAGUACAAUAGCAACAAACACGCACACAGAAAAAUAAUAUAAGCUCCUUCAAUCAACUCACAUAAAUAACCACUACAACUACAUAUACUUCAAUAUAGAUUCAAGCUUAACCAUGGAACGGUAUGAGAUAAUUAAAGAUAUUGGGUCAGGUAACUUUGGUGUUGCAAAGCUUGUUAGGGAGAAAUGGAGUGGCCAAUUAUAUGCUGUUAAGUUCAUUGAAAGAGGCUUCAAGAUUGAUGAGCACGUGCAAAGGGAGAUUAUAAAUCACAGAUCCUUGAAGCAUCCCAAUAUUGUUAGAUUUAAAGAGGUGUUGCUGACUCCAACUGAUUUAGCAAUAGUGAUGGAAUAUGCUGCUGGGGGAGAACUGUUUGAAAGAAUAUGUAGUGCGGGUAGAUUCAGUGAGGACGAGGCAAGAUAUUUCUUCCAGCAGCUAAUUUCUGGAGUCAGCUAUUGUCAUUCAAUGGAAAUUUGUCAUAGAGAUCUUAAACUAGAAAAUACACUUUUAGAUGCAAGCUUAGCACCAAGACUCAAAAUUUGUGACUUUGGUUACUCAAAGUCAUCUGUUCUGCAUUCCCAACCAAAAUCAACUGUAGGAACCCCUGCUUAUAUUGCACCAGAGGUCUUAUCAAGAAGAGAAUAUGAUGGAAAGAUUGCAGAUGUUUGGUCUUGUGGGGUGACUUUAUAUGUGAUGCUUGUUGGUGCUUAUCCUUUUGAAGAUCCAGAAGACCCAAGAAACUUCAGAAAAACACUUCAGCGAAUUCUUAGUGUACACUAUUCUAUUCCAGACUAUGUCCGUAUUACUCAAGAGUGUAGACAUCUUUUAUCUCGGAUAUUUGUCGCCAACCCAGAGAAGAGAAUUACCAUACCAGAAAUUAAAAAGCACCCAUGGUUCCUAAAAAACUUACCAGUAGAAUUUAUGGAGAAUGGUGAAGGUGGAUUACAAAAUGAUGAAGAAGAUGAUUCAUCAUCAUCUCAAAGCAUUGAAGAAAUACUAUCGAUAAUUCAAGAGGGUAGAAAAGCAGGGGAUGGACCAAAAGUGGGUGAACAGUUUGUUGGUGGUAGUAUGGAUCUUGAUGAUUUGGAUACAGAUGCUGACAUUGAUGAUAUUGAAACCAGCGGUGAUUUUGUUUGUGCAUUGUGAUUCUUUGCUUGUUACUAUGCACUUUGUAGACAAAUUCUUCCUAAGAAAGUGGUUUAAGAUAAGAUGCUUCUUUUUUCUAUCACUCUUAAGUCUUAACAAUGUAAGGAAAACAAACAACCAAAUAGUUGUACUUUAGUGCCUUUUUGAUUGAUUGGAAGUUACUUGUCUUCAUCUCUGCUUAGUGGGAAUCAAAUUGCGGUGUUGCUCAUUUUUUGCUUU